GAACAUUUUAGCUCAUAGCAAAAGGAUUGCCAUCCAAAUAUAAUAAUUUAAUAUGUCAGUAUGUACAUUUUGGUUUGCCUUCUGUUUUAUUCCUCUUUCUAUACCUACUAGUGAACUGUGUAGAACUUCCAUCAAACCAGAGCAAUAUGAUUCUCAACAGCACUCAAGGAAAUUCAAGCAUUUCUUCUGUCAUUGAAUUCUGGGAGGGACGAGUGCUGAACAUAUCCCAAGGUAUUGAUACACUGGGUACUUUAAACUGGGAGAUUAUUCUUUGUUUACUGGCUAGUUGGGUGGCCUGUUACUUCUGCAUCUGGAAAGGGGUGAAAUCAACUGGAAAGGCAGUGUAUUUUACAGCUACCUUUCCAUAUGUGAUGAUGCUCUUGCUGAUGUUAAGAGGUCUAACAUUGCCUGGUGCGCUUACUGGUAUAAAGUAUUACCUGUACCCAAAACCAUCUUACCUCGCAGACUCACAGGUUUGGAUUGAUGCAGGGACUCAGAUUUUCUUCUCGUACAGUUUAGCAACUGGUAGCAUAGCUGUUUUUGGAAGUUACAAUACAUACAAAACCAACAGCUAUAGAGAUUGCAUUUGGUUGUGUGUGCUAAAUAGCUGCACUAGUUUUGUAGCUGGAUUUGUAGUCUUUUCUAUUCUUGGAUUCAUGGCAGAGAAGUUGGGAGUUGACAUGGAAGACAUAACAGAGUCAGGUCCAGGUCUGGCAUUUAUAGCCUACCCUCAGGCAGUAGCCUUGAUGCCACUGCCACAACUGUGGUCAAGCUGUUUCUUUAUUAUGUUGCUUUUACUGGGCUUGGAUACACAGUUUGCUGAACUUGAGCUGAUAGUCUCCUCUACAAUUGAUGUAUUCCCAAAUGUGCUGAGGAGGCCCUACAUGAGGGAGCUCUUCCUCUUAUUUUUCUGCACUGCCUGUUUCUGCUUUCAGAUUCUAAUGACAACUCAGGGAGGAAUCUACAUCUUCCAACUUAUUGAUUAUCAUGGAAGUAGUGGGGCUUCCAUACUUUUUAUGGGUCUGAUUGAAAGUCUAAUAAUUGGCUGGAUUUUUGGGACUGAUCGCAUGUUUGAUAUCAUUGAGGACAUGUGUGAUAUAAGGCCAAAUGCAUUCUUCAAAUAUUGCUGGAAUUAUUUCACACCACUGAUGUGCCUUGGAACAUUAAUUUUUUACAUUGUAAAAUAUAAGCCCCUCAUGUAUAACAAUGUUUAUAUAUAUCCAAACUGGGCUUAUGGUAUUGGAUUGUUCAUGGUCACAAUUUCCCCUGUUCUGGUCAUUACAUGGGGUUUGGUGAAGCUAUACACCAGCUCAGGAUCACUAAAGGAGCGUUUUAAAAGCGUGUGUACACCAGAUGACAAACUCCCGAUGACCGAAAAUCAAAAAGUACAGUUGCAGAUCAAUGAGACUAUAGUGGCAGGAAUUUGA